AUGGAUGCUUCGAAGGCUCCCGUAAAGCUCGUCAAGGUCACCCGAGUCCUCGGCCGUACCGGUUCUCGUGGAGGUGUUACCCAGGUUCGCGUCGAGUUCAUGGACGACCCUACCCGAUCCAUCAUCCGAAACGUCAAGGGACCCGGUACGAUAUACCCCUCCAGCCCCGGCCCCUCUCGAGAAUUCUUCGAAUUUUACAAUCGCUCUCUUCUCUUGGUCAAGACCGCAGACCAGUCCAACCUCAAUGGAUCAAAUCCUACUCUCAUCCCCAGACCAUUCCCAACGAUGACCUCCGUAGUGCCCACGCCACCCGCCGACCACUUCACCGUACUCUACUUUGCUGCCGUCUCCUCGUACACGUCGAAAGAAUCCGAGUCCUUAGAAGCCCCUCUGCCCUUAGGCAAGCUAUUCGAUGUCCUAGAGGACAAGUAUCCCGGCAUCAAGGCCAAAUUACUCGGAUCCUGCCUCGUCACCGUGAAUCUAGAAUAUGUGGAUAUCUCGGGCGAGGAGGAAGGCAACGACACGAUGGUGAUUGGCGAGGGCGACGAAGUUGCAAUCAUUCCUCCCGUUAGCUCGGGGUGA